CACAAAUCCACAAUUAUCGAAGUCAUGGGAGGCCAACUCGGAUUUUUGUAUCGCCAGCUCACCUUCAUCCCUAAGCCACUUGCGACAAGCUCUUUGGAAGGGAAGGUCGCUCUCAUCACUGGAGCCAACAUUGGCCUGGGGUUUGAAGCUGCUCGCGAGUUAGCUUCCUGUAAACUCUCGCGUCUUAUUGUUGCCGUUCGAGAUCCAAUCAAAGGGGAAAACACCAGGCAAACAAUUCUUACAGAAGCACCGAGUUGCCAUGUCGAAGUUUGGAUCGUUGAUUAUGAUCAGUACGACGGUAUCAUAGCUUUCGCUAAAAGGAUCGCAGAACUCGACCAGCUUGAUUAUGUGCUUCUUAGUGCUGGAUUGAAACAAAUGGAAUAUUCAACUUCGCAUACAGGCCAUGAGACGAAUGUUCAAAUCAAUCAUAUAGCCGCAUCUUUGUUAUCCCUUCUUCUGCUCCCUACACUUCUUCGUCUCUCGAGAUCGACCGGAAACCCUUUGAGACUCACAAUUGUUUCCUCGGAGGGACAUUUCUGGAUACCGUUCAAGGAGAGGACUGCUGCGAAUAUUCUCAAACGAAUGGAUGAACCAGAGACCUUUGGAACGGCGAUGCAGAGAUACUGUACUACGAAGCUGAUAAAUGUCUUGUGGACGAGAGAAUUGGCUAGUAGGGUAUCUGAGCACGAAGUUAUUAUCAAUACUGUCAAUCCGGGCUUUUGCUAUAGCGGUCUGCAUCGUCAUGUGAAGACAGGGGCUGGCAUUAUGAAUAUCGUUCUCUGGAUGAUUGGACGGACGACCGCUCAAGGAGGACAUUGCUUGACGGAUGCAUUGGUAGAGCACGAGGACUCCCAUGGGAGAUAUUUAAGUGAGCAACAGAUUACCGAGUACGUUUUGGCAGAUCAUAUUCACAAGUUCGCUUGCUAACUUCAUGCUUGAGCCCCUCUUCAUUUGUUCUGUCGAUGGAAGGGGAGGUUGCGCAAAAGCAGGUGUGGCGUGAGACAAUUGAAUUGUUGAAACACGAAGCACCCAAUGCGGAUAUUUCUUUCUUCUCGGAAUGAGGAUCUUUGGCGGAGCGAAAACUGGUGCUUUGCGAAUAUCUCCUUUUGUAGAGUACUGAUAAAAUCUAACUCACCUGCUGUGCGAUAGAUUACUUAGCUGUCCGGCUGAAGAAAAGAUACAGUCUCUAAUAUAGUUUUUCUUUCAAUCAAUA